AUGUCUACCAACCGCGACUCUAGUUCUAUCGGACGCUCCUUCUAUCUCCCGGAUCUACUCUCCCUCUCUGCGCCCUUGAACGGCUCGAAGAACCCGCAUUAUGAACGUGCAGCAGCCGAGAGUCGUAAUUGGCUUUCCCCAUACAUGCACAUCUUCAAUGACCAGGAGCGAGCGUCUUUUGCGCUAGGGUGCUGCGAGCUCCUCGUCGCGAACACGUACCCCAAGGUGCCAUUCGCGGAGUUCAGAACCGUAUGCGAUUUCGUCAACCUGUUGUUUGUGCUCGACGAGGUCAGCGAUAAGCAAAGCGGGGUAGAUGCCCGCAAGACCGGUGACGUCUUCGUCAAGGCAUUGCGCGAGCCCGAAUGGGACGAUGGCUCUGACGUUUCGCGCAUGACGAAAGAGUUCCGGACGCGUCAUAUGCGCAGCUGCGGUCCCCAUUCCUUCUCGCGCCUGUUGCAGUACUGUAUGCACUACGUUGCAUGCUUCGCAAGGGAAGCUGAGCUACGCGAGACACAGACCGUGCUUGACCCUCUGAGCUAUCGCGACCUGCGCAGGGAGAACAGCGCGGUCCGGGUCUGCUUCGGCCUGUACGAGUAUGCCCUCGGCAUUGACCUACCCGACUCCGUCUUCGAGAAUGAGACGUUCAAGACCCUCUAUUGGGCCGCAGUCGAUAUGGUGUGCUGGGCAAACGACAUCUACUCGUACGAUAUGGAGCAGGCAAAGGGUCAUACAGGCAACAAUAUCCUCACCGUGCUUAUGCAGGCCCACGGCUUUGAUCUGCAGGAAGCCAGUACAUACGUUGGCGAAGUAUACGCUGAGUUCAUGCGCACUUACCUGUCCGCUAAAACGGACCUACGCGCGCACUCGUUUGGCGACGCACAGCUGGAUGCGGAUGUCGCACGCUAUGUUGAUGGGAUAGAGAACUGGCCGAUUGGCAACAUUAUAUGGAGCUUCGAGACUGUGCGCUAUUUCCCGCAACCGAGCGAAGUCAAGACGACGAGGCUUGUGGUUCUCAGACCUACCAUAGACGGACUUGGAGAGAUGACGGCAUAA